AUGGAGUCUGAUAAGCAAAUUCAGGCGAAUUUCAAGGUAGACGUCUAUGAUUCUUUGGAUUUUCCACCGGGCUAUCGCUUUUGUCCCCGCGACGAUGAACUCAUCGUUCAUUAUCUCAAGAAGAAAGUCAUGAAUGAACCUUUACCUUCUAAUGAAAUCAAGGAAGUCAACCUUUGCAUGCAUAGUCCUCAACAACUUUCAGAGACAUAUCCUGUGGUUGGAGAAAAGGAAUGGUAUUUUUUCACUCCAAGGGAUAAAAAAUAUAUAAAUGGAACGAGGCCAAACCGAGCUGCUGGAACAGGCUACUGGAAGGCUACUGGAGCAGACAGACCUAUAAACCACAAUGGUUCAAUAGUUGGGUUCAGAAAAGCUUUGGUUUUCUACCAUGGUAAACGUCAGAAAGGAAAAAAAACCAACUGGAUUAUGCAUGAAUAUAGAGUGAACGAAUCUCGUGUUGAGAGAAAAGACGGAAAUACCUGGAGGCUCGACAGUUGGGUCUUAUGCAGAAUUUAUCAAAAAGUUGAUAAGUCAUUAAAAACCAUUGGAAGAGAACUGAACUCUCCUCUUAGUAUCAAUGAUCAAGUUGGUAUGGACUGUGACUAUGAAGGAACAACAGAUUCAAUUGGAACUGAUACAACAUUUGAAGAAAAUGUUCAAUUGCUCGAUAUCUCUGAUAAUUCCUCAGAUAUCCUUGUUGAUUCUUCUAUUAAGAAAUUCGCCAAGUUGAACGUUGAUUAUGCUUAUCCUUUGCAUGAUGAAGCAAACUUUAACAUGGCACAAGAAAAUUUUACGUGGAACGAUUUUACCUCUGAUUAUAUGAAUGAUGUUCAAUGGGAUUUUCCGAGUUGGUUGUUAAUGCACCAGCAGAGGGAGGUAACCAUCCAGCACGAGUUCAGGCAAGGGAAUAGGGUAGCUCAUCAAAUGGCAAAGAAGGCAACUGCUGAUCUAAUGAAGGAGAAGAAAGUUUUUGUGGAACCACCAUAUGAUGUAAAAUGUUUCGUGGAAAGUGACUUACUAGAACAAUAUGUUUUUGGAAAAUUCCUAUCUUAUGAUGCUUGCUAA